AUGGAUAACUCUUUUAUCCUUUUGCUGUCCCACCUUCAACUUCAAGCCUUGUGGUCAUCUUUGAUCGUUCUUAUAAUUUUUUGCAUAACCUUUCACAAAGACUUUGGAUCUCGCUUGUUUAGCAAAGCCAAAAAGCAAAAGCUACCCUUGCCUCCAGGUCCCAAAGCAUGGCCUAUAAUCGGCAGCAUUCCUGAAAUGCUUGCAAAUAGGCCUCCAUUCAGGUGGAUUCACAACCUCAUGAAGGAAUUGAAAACCGAGAUUGCUUGUAUUCGCCUAGGAAAUAGACCUACGAGCAUAUCUUCUGAUCUUAUCAGUGGUGGAUAUCUCACCACAGCCCUUGUGCCCUUGGGGGAUCAAUGGAAGAAAAUGAGAAGAAUUGUUGCUAAUGAUUUGUUGUCCACUACCAUCCACCGACAACUUGAAUCUAAUAGGGUUGAAGAAGCCAACAACAUUGUGUUUUGCAUUUACAACAAGUGCAAAAACAAUGUCAACGGUAAUGUUGGUCUUGUGAAAGUGAGGGAUGUCGCACGAGACUAUUGUUGUAACGUGAUAAAGAAAUUGAGCUUUAGUACGCGGUAUUUUGGGGAUGGUAAGAAGGAUGGGGAGCCUGGUUGCGAAGAAGUGGAACAUCUUGAUGCCAUUUUUGCAAUGCUUAAUUACAUUCAUAACUUUAGUGUUUCCGACUAUGUCCCGUGCUUAAGGGGACUUGAUUUGGAUGAUCAAGAGAUAAAGGUAAAGGAAGCCUUGAAAAUCUUGAACAAGUAUCAUGAUCCCAUCAUUGAACAACGUAUUAAAGAAUGGAAUGAUGGGUCCAAGAUUGAUGGAGAAGAUUUCCUUGAUAUUCUCAUCUCACUCAAAGAUGCCAACAAUAAUUCAAUGUUGACAAUACAAGAAAUCAAGGCACAAAUAAUCGAAUUGAUGGUGGCUGCAGUAGAUAACCCGUCAAAUGCAGUUGAGUGGGCUCUCGCAGAGAUGAUAAAUCAACCUGAGUUGCUUCAACAUGCCACAAAAGAAUUGGAUAGGGUAGUAGGAAAAGAGAGACAAGUCCAAGAAUCAGACAUCCCAAAGCUGAACUACAUAAAAGCGUGUGCAAGAGAAGCUUUUCGUCUUCACCCCGUUGCACCUUUCAAUGUUCCACAUGUUUCUGUAAAAGACACAAUAGUGGGAAACUACCUAAUCCCAAAGGGGAGCCAUGUGUUGUUAAGUAGACAAGAGCUUGGACGAAACCCAAAAGUUUGGAGUGACGAGCCUCAUAAGUUUAAACCAAAUCGUCACCUUAAUAGUGAGGUGGUUUUAACUGAGCCAGAUUUGAAAUUCAUUUCAUUUAGCACAGGCAGACGUGGUUGCCCAGGCAUCACGCUUGGCACCACAAUGACAGUGACUCUAUUUGCUAGGUUGCUUCAUGCCUUCAAUUGGACUGCACCGCCUGAUGUGUCACACAUCAACCUUGCCGAGAGCCGGCAUGAUAUUUUUCUCGCUCACCCACAUGUUUUUAUAGUUUACAAAUAA